UUCGCUCAGAAUAUUCGAGUCCCCCCCACCCCAGCCCCAUUAGUGCAGCUCCUACUGUCCCUCGUUUGCAUAGAUUCUACAUAGUCCGGAAUCUGAGCUGCGUCAUUCUAGACUUCUGAGCCGACUCAAGAGUCCGUUCCUUCGCAUCCUAGUCUGGAGAUUCUACAUAGUCCGGGAGGCAGAUUUCUCUCGAACCGCCGCGCCUUGCGUCCCCUUCAGCGUCCUCCCUAAGUUUAGCUUCAGCAAGAAUUAUCAGGCGAUGCGACGUCGGAGUGUCGAUAAGCCAAAUGGCACUUUACUGCGAUGACGGGCCAUGAGCGACAGCAGUGAGCGACAGCAGAGAGAAAGCGAAGUGAGCGACAACGGUUACAACUAGUAGUGGCUGUGAGCGACAGCGGCGGAAUAUUCGCGAUCGCGUUAGUGCGGACGGACCCGUUGGACAUCGCUUCCUUUUCCCCCACUCAUUCUCAUCGCUUCCUCUUCCCCCACUCAUUCUUGUCAAAUUCCGAAUCUACGUCGCCGUCGUGAGAGCUACUACGACGCGACGUCGUUCGUCCCCGUUUUAAGCAGCAUAUAACAGCAGCUUUCCCGCGGCAUGGCGACGCUGGAGCAUUCGGAAAAACAGUCGCAGAGCCAGUCGCAGGAUCUGUCGCAGGAACCGACGCAGGACCCGUCGCAGGAACCGUCCCAGGAACAGUCGCAGGAGUGGUCGCACGAACAGUCUGCCAACGAAACCACUACUCUUCUCGAGAUACUGUCCAGAGGCCAUGAUGGCUGGGCGGCGAAAGCGCGGGUUCUCGAGGAUUGCGGAAGCAGGAAGUUCUCGCCGCGGCCGGGAGACAUCGCCUGGGCGGCUGCGCUUCUCCUGCUCGUUCUGGCCUCGAUAUUAGCUGUCCGACAGCAGCCGUCUCUGCUGCUGGUUCUUCCAGGGGCGACCCUCUCCUCUCUGGGACCUAUUCCCGCCGGCAGCGCUGCAGGCAGCGAAAGCACUGGGCACAGUGACGCCCCUCAUAGUGGUGACCGGCAUAGUGACACUGGGAGAAGUUCCAGCUCCAGUUCCACUGGGUUCGAGCUGCCGGAUCCGCCGUCCAGGUUCAAUGCAUCGUUGGCGUGGCACCACAUGCAGUAUCGCACGGCUGAGUCGUGCUGGAGCCAGCAGGAAAGGCAUCUCUACCACACGGCCGGCCCAUCCCCUCCUUCAGCAGCGUUCAGGGAUGCAUUGGAGGAGUUCGAAGGGAUGCAGAGGGAGUGUGUGGGGUUAGGUGGAGUGGAGAGCUGGCAAUGGGUCAGAAACAAGGACACGUGGAAUGAGACAAUUCCUCGAUAUGGGCGGGAAAGGAGGCAGUGUCGCUACAUUGCGAUUCAUGACAUAGACAGAGGUGUUGGCAACAAGAUAACAGCGUACGUCAUCUCUUUUGUCCUGGGACUUCUCACCAACCGGGCCAUCAUUGCUCCACCUCAGGGCUUCCUCACUCGGCGCUUCUGCAACCCCUUCGCCCAUGCCAACACGUCGUGGACCGUGGGGCCUUACACACAGCGUCUGAUUGCAGCAAAAGUAUUCAGCCAUCCAUUGCUCAACGUGAGCUCGCUGGCCACAGAGCUGUUCACGCAGGGGGAUGGGGCGUUGGCGCACAUGAGGAGGCGGGUGAAAGAAAAUGGCACUGUGUGGAUGGACCUGCAACACAGGGCGAGGUCGGAGUUCUGUGACCAUGUGUGGGACGCCAUUGGCGAAGCCCCCUUCUGGCUCACGAGCUUCGACGCCUACUUCCUGCCGUCCCUCUACUACGUCCCCAACUUCGCUCAUCGCCUGAACCAGCUGUUCCCUGACGGCCGAGUGUACACCCAGGCGGCGCGCUACCUGCUGCACCCAGACAACCAGCUGUGGGCCGAGAUCACCUCUGUCUUCCACGCCAACCUCGCGCACUUCUCACACCGGCUCGGCAUUCAGAUUCGUUCACCCAGUGCGAUUGAUCUUCCCCUGGCCGACCGGAUUCUCGACUGCGCUGUCAACAUCUCGGGCUACCUCCCUGCCACCGCCCCUCUCACAGCAGAUGCUCCCUGGACGGCAGCCAGCGAGUCCCCGUACGAGAAGGUGGGAGUGUUCGUCUCGUCGCUCAACAUUCGCCACUGGAUGGACCUGCAGCACCACUACUCGCAGCACCGCGUGGUGGGACGCGCGCUCGUUGACUUCUGGACGCUGUCCAAUGAGAAGGCAGAGAAUCGUAAGGAGGAGCAGAUGGUGUCAGCCAUCGUGGACAUGUGGCUGCUUAGUUUCUGUGACCGUCUCCUCAUAACGCACGUGUCAUCAUUCGGCGGCACGGCAGUGGGGCUGGCAGGCAUCGAUGCCUACUCCAUGCAGAUAACGGUGGUGCGCAGCCUGCACCUCGACUGGCGCAACAUGACAGGGCCCGUGUGCGAGCGAGUCUCCUCGGAACCAUGCGACCCCUUGGGCGGCCAUGUCCAAUGGGGUGGGUGCAAGGAUUUUCAAAGAUCUGGAUUGAAGCACUGGUGGGAGAUGAUGCCAGGAUUCGGAACUUGCCCGGGGAUUACGUUUGGUUUGCAAAACAAGAAUCCUCUCAUGGGGUGAGCAAUGAAGACAAGUAUAUGUUUCACUAUAUAGUAGACGUGUGUUGGGAAUAUCAUGUGAACAAAAUUUCACACGAUUACUAGACGUAUGGCGUAAUAAUCUUAGUACAAUAUGUGCAAGUGUGUGUUGCAACUUAUAAUCUAAUAAUAAUAUUUAAGUUAG